AGAUCAACUCUUUUUAUACUAUAAUUUCUAGGCUGCUGGUGAAUUGUCUCUUCUGGGUGCUAUGGUCUCCUCUCUAAUGGUCCUGGAACAAAAGAGAAGCCAAAGCUUCCUCAUCUGCGAGAUGGAACUUUUAGCUUUGAAUCUACCCCAGAAUCGCAGAUAGUUUUUUUGGCAAUUAAGCACAGAUGUCCACAGAAUCAAACUCCCGCGGCAACCACAGCGCAGAGAACGGAAGCUCCGUUCACCAUGUCGUCCAAAUCGACGCGAGUUUCUUAUCAGAAGUGGAAGGGAAAAUGGAGGAAUUGCCGAGGCUCUUGAACAGGUCGGCGGGAAGAGAUUCUUGCUGCAUCUUCAGAGUCCCUCAGAGCCUGUCGGAGAUCAAUGAAAGGGCCUACCAGCCUCAUAUCGUCUCCAUCGGUCCCUUCCACCAUGGGGAGCCGCAGUUCCAGAUGAUCCAGGAGCACAAAUGGCGGUUCCUGAGUGAUCUCCUAUUGCGGGCGGAGAGCAAGAGAGUUGUGCUCAAGGACUUCUUCGAGGCGGUCGCUCCGAUGGAGGAGCCUAUCCGGAAGAGCUAUUCGGAGACCUUGGAAUUCGAUGGCCAGGACCUUAUCCGGAUGAUGGUGCUCGAUGGUUGCUUCAUCAUCGAGCUGUUCUGCAAAGUUGGGAGGAUAGUCCCGGCCGAUCUCGACGACCCUUUAUUCACAAUGGCUUGGGUUUUGCCUUUCUUAAUGAGGGAUCUCCUCCGGCUCGAGAACCAAAUUCCUUAUUUCGUUCUGCAGAAGUUAUUUGAUCUGUCUGUUGGAUCCGGAAAUGAUGACCCCUCCUUGGCCAAGCUUGCCUUGGGGUUCUUCAACUACAUGGUGCAGAGACCGUUACAUGUGUUGGUGAAGUACUACGAGAAAAAAGGCGUGCAUUUGCUUGAUUUGUUCCUCAUGAGCUAUAUCCCCGAUUGCGAGGAGGAAGUAAGGAGGCCAAGCAGAUUCCUUCACCUGAUUCAGUGUGCAAAGAAGCUCAAUCAAGCCGGAGUCCGGUUCAAGCCGAGGAAGACUCACAGCAUCUUGGACAUCAAAUUCAAAAAUGGCGUCCUCGAGAUUCCAGUCUUGACUAUGGACGACUUCUGGAGUUCUUUGUUCCUCAAUUUUGUUGCUUUUGAGCAGUGCUAUCGCCAUUCCACCAAGUACGUCACAACCUACGCUACUCUUAUGGGGUGUCUCAUUAAUACGCCCGCUGAUGCUGGGUUCCUCCGCGACCACAAGAUCAUCGAGAAUUAUUUUGGGACAGACAAGGAAGUUGCCCGUUUCUUCAAUAAUGUUGGGAAAGAUGUGGUGUUUGAUAUUCACAGGAGCUAUUUGUCCAAGGUCUUUGAGGAAGUGAACGAGUAUUAUCAGAAUGAUUGGCAUGUCCGAUGGGCUGGGUUCAGGCACAAGUACUUCGACACUCCAUGGUCCUUCAUGUCAGCUGUUGCAGCUACGGUGCUUCUGCUGCUUACCAUGAUUCAGGCUUUCUAUGCAGUUUUUGCAUAUCAAAAUCCUCCCAAAAAUCAUUAGUGAUGUUUGCUAUACAAAAUGCAAUACCACACUUGAAAUUUGUAGAUCAGAAUAUCAAAGCUCAGAUGUGAUUAUGAAAUUUGUCGUGAGUUCGGAUUUAUGUCUGACCACUUGUAAGAAACCAUAUCAUAAAUGACUCUAACUCGCUAGCUGUCCAA